AUGGCAAUGGACGGGAUCUUAUUGGCGGAAAGUAUCCAAAUGAUUGCUCGUGCAAACUUGCGUCAAUUGGAUACCGUAAUCCGAAUGUCUGGUGGACGUAACGAGGAUGUCGCCGGCUUGAGAGAACAAUGGAAGCUGCUUUCCGAACAAGCUUCGUCUCCUAUUCCGCAACUUCUCAAUAAGGUGGAAUGCUUCGCGAGUUCUUUGCGAGAUUUGCAUGAAACAUCGUCGAAUUCCUCCUUGGGUGCAUUGACAGCUAUCAAGUCGAAGGAAGAUGUUCGACUCGCUCUGGAAGUGAUGUCGCAAAUUCAGACAAAGCUGAGCAAAGAGAGAGACGAAUUAAGGUGA